AUGUCAGGGAAAUGCGACCUAGAGGAUCUAUUCAAGUCAUUUGCUCAACAAAUGCCGCUGAGGGGUUGCGAACUACUUCAAGUAAAUUUUCUGUGCCUUUGGCAUUUAUAAAUAAGCAUUUUUUGGUCAGCACAAUGUUGAAAGGUCCUUCAUGGAUAGCUCACAACUUACAGGCUUGAGAGAUCAUUAUUUCACACAACAAAAGAAAGAUUUUCUCGUCAUCUCUGAGAAAGAAAAUUACCCUGACCUGAAAUUGACGGAAAGAGAGGUUUGUGCGCAAGUUUCAAAAUGCGAAGAACGUCUCACUGAAAUCCUUAAAACGUGGUUAUAUUCCAAACCCUUUUGAUAUUGAUUUUGAGUGAUCGUUGUAACUUCUUUGAGGAAUAUCGCUUUCAGUGGAAUGGACAUACAACCCAUGUCCAAAGCCUGCAAUAACGUAAAAACACCUACCUCCCAGCGGACGCAAAAUCUUGUUUAUUUGAAAUAAAGUGACCAACGUUCGGUGGUUAUUUCACUAUCAGGAUGAGGCUCAGCCUUACGUCCUUGCAUUGUUAGGUAGUUUCAUCCGUUUUACAGUCAAUGCCAGCUAAGCGUUUCCAGUCGUUAACGGACUAAUGAAUUCAUUCUUCGGAAAUUGAUUCGGUUUGGCGGUUCAAUAAUCCAUUGGUAAAAUGAAAAAUCCAAUAUACAAAUUGAACCCAAUUGAUGCAAUGAUAGAAUCUUGAUGGGAUUUAAGAAUACAGGAUCCAAAGAAAUUGUGGAAAAGUAUGUUAGAGUGGUUUUCGUUUGAGUGUCGUAAAACCAAAACCAAAGUAAUUACUCUGGCCAAUCACAUAGGACACAGACAAUACAUUGAACCAAUGAAAACUCGAAGUAACUACAUGUGGCUGACGCAAAGCGCGGGAAAAUGCAUGCGAGCGCGUCACAAUUGGCUUUGGUUUUACUUCUGAUUGGAUGAAAAGGUGGCGCGAAUCUUUUAAGCCAAUCGCAUCGUGUAGAAAGUGCAAAACCAAUUACUUUUCGACACUCAAAUGAAAACCGCUCUAACAACCUGUUCACUCUCAAAGACAUACUAGGUAUUUGUAAUUCAAAUAGAAGACAAGAAGUUGAGAAUAAAUUGUAAAUUAGAGGCAUUCAAUUUGUUUUUGCAGACAGCUUUUAAAAUUCCACGUUUUUCAAGAAAGCAACUGGAACAAAGAAAAAAAAGCAGUAUCACAUCCCUGAAAGAAGUGGGGAUCCUUCCAGUACAAAGCUGGGAUCCUGUUCCGCAGCGCGAGCUUACAUUGUUUGCAGUUAUAGGCACCGACCUUCUGUCGCAGAAAAUGGUUUGUACCUUAGAACCACCAGUAAUAAUCACUAUAUCGCUUUUUGUAACAUCCAUUCAUAGGGCUGAUUUCAGUUGGGUGUGGGAAAUACCGUCGCACACCAUAGAUACUGGCGGUGUACAUUGCACCACUGUAUAGGAAACUAUUUGAUAGUAAGAAAAAAGAAUGAUUUGGGGAUUUUGGUCUUCAUUGACGUAGACGUUAACUAUUACACACAACAGCUACCUUCAAUUAAUUCCAUCUUGAGAAAAACGCAGUCAAAGCAAUUAUAACAUCGAACUAAUACAGAAUACUACACAAAAAUAUAAUCAUGCUACCAAUUCAGUGUUCAUAAACCAACGUCUUACCAGCAGUGUGUUUUAAAGGCGGUAUAGUCAAAUGCAUAGAUUGAGGUAAUUUUAAUUUUAGUAAGACAACGACAAAAAACAAACAAACAAGAUAACUUACAACUGCUUGGAAGUCUUUGAAAAAGUGGAUAGAAAGCAAUGUAACAUUACAAUUGAGGAAGGGGCACCAUUUUUACUUGUAUGGUGUAUUCAUUUGAUUGCUGUUUUUCAGUGGGAAUUACUGUGUUCAUGGUUACCUGUGAGAGUUCGCAUCAAGAGGCCAUUUUGCUUGUUUACAACCAACGAUGCCGGAUACAGGUAUUGCCUUAAUUUGAGCACACUGCACAGCCUUACUGUAAUCACAAUAUACUUUUCAUCUCGAUUAUGCCGCACACGCUUUUGCAUCGAUUCUGCAAAAAAAGAAAAGAAAAGAAAAAAAUCGAUUUUGCAUGCUUGUUUUGGUAUCAAACAUAGCUGUCUGUUUUUAUUUGGUCUCGGCUCCUUUUUUCAUCGUGGUGUCGGAAGAGCUGAGUUGACGAGUUUAGUCUAAAAUUAGCAUUUUUUACGUCAUCACCGAAAAAGAUAUACCUUAAAGGAGUUGUUGUUAACAUCUCAAGCUCCAACAGAAAUCAAGAACAUCAUGGACAGCUGCUACCGCCUUGAAUUCUAUGUUCCUUUAAAUUUUGCGGUGCCUGCCCUCAUGGUUUUGCAAAGAAAACCUUACACCCAACUGGGAAUUUAUCUGUCAUCAGUGUAGGUCUCGACGAAUAUGAGUGAGCAAGAUUAUUAACUUUACUCUCCUUGAUGCGAAAGCCUCUUAAAACUUUAGUUUUUAUAAAAUAUUGAUAC